UUUCCUGGCCUGAGAAAUGUUUCUUUCUAAAGUGGACUGCGUCCUUGUGCUACAUCCCGCGGGCCCCCCACCCCACCCGAUGGUGACUGACAAGUUACCUAUGGCAGAGUAACAUGAUACUGUAUUAGGCAUUUAUUAGAUUCCAGGGUAUGCCGGUCACUGUCACAAAGUAGGAGAUAAACCGGAAGGAUGCGUGUUACAGGGCAGCAGAGUGAAGAGUGUAAAUCAUGAGGACAGAUGCAGGGUGCUGAGUCUCUGUUCGGAGCGAGCAAGGUGAAGCAGAUCGAAAAACGUGACUCUGUUUUAACGCCAAAAAACCAGAUUGAGAGACUGACCCGACCUGGAUCUUCCUAUUUCAACCUGAAUCCAUUUGAAGUACUACAGAUGGAUCCUGAUGUCACAGAUGAAGAAAUAAAGAAGAGGUUCCGGCAGUUAUCCAUAUUGGUGCAUCCUGACAAAAAUCAAGAUGAUGCUGAAAGAGCCCAGAAGGCCUUUGAAGCUGUGGACAAAGCAUACAAGUUGCUGCUGGACCAGGAGCAAAAGAAGAGGGCCUUGGAUGUGAUACAGGCAGGGAAAGAAUAUGUGGAACAUACUGUGAAAGAAAAAAAGAAGUCAUUAAAGAAGGAAGGAAAGCCAACCAACGUAGAGGAGGAUGAUCCGGAAUUAUUCAAACAGGCCGUGUACAAACAGACAAUGAAGCUCUUUGCUGAACUGGAAAUUAAAAGGAAAGAGAGAGAAGCUAAAGAGAUGCAUGAAAGGAAGCGACAGAGAGAGGAGGAAAUUGAGGCUCAAGAGAAAGCCAAGCGAGAGCGAGAAUGGCAGAAGAACUUUGAGGAGAGUCGGGAUGGCCGUGUGGACAGCUGGAGAAACUUCCAGGCAAAUACAAAAGGGAAGAAAGAAAAGAAAAACAGGACCUUCCUGAGACCCCCCAAAGUAAAAAUGGAGCAGCGCGAAUGAGUCCAGCAGCAGCUAUGCACGAGCAAGUCUCCUCAGCCCCUCCCUGCUUUUAAGGACUUAUUGGCCUCUAGAAUAAUACUUGCUUUUUAGUAGAUUGCUUGGUUCCAGUACAACUGAAUGUUGGUCAAAGUAUUUUUUGUACUCUGUACAUUUGAAUUAGGAUCGUGGUAUAAAAUCAGUCAUGAACCAGCUGCUCGUAGAAUAACUGGCUUAGGAGGGUCCCGCUGUUGUUACUGUCCUGUUUGUUUGCAGCCCUGUAAUUUAAUGUUUUGUACUUCAGAGAUUGUGUUGUUCCACCACCUUCAUGUAUAGUUUUGUGAGAGUCAAAUUAAACAAGAUGCUUGAAAUGGUGCCCGGCACCUUCCCGGGCCUCGUCCUUCUCAGCAAGUCAAACUUCGGAAAGAUCUCUACCAGCCAGGGGUCAUUUGCCAGCCCGACACGGAGUUGUGCAGUUAAGUCUUCUGCAGUUCCCCACCAAAGUGCGUGGUGCUGAAAGCCACCCCCUGUGUCUGAUUCCUAAACUGCAAUCUCCUGGCUCUCCAGUUCAGAGCUCUGGGAAUCUCAGACUUGCUAGUCACCUUCUGUAAAGAAAAAACUCUCUGUUCUGUAUGUAAAAUAAAUUUUUACCCAGGUUA